AUGGCGCCGGAGCUGGACAGGAAGGCGGUUUGGUCAUCACUCUCAACCACCCUCUUUAUUAUCGGCAGCAGAGUUGCUCCGUUCACACCGACAUUUUCGCGCUCGGAGAUCUCUACGAGCUUAUACAUGACUUCAUCGAAACGUUCGCUUCAUCGAACCCCAUCUCUUGGGUGGCACACCCGCGUACCAGCCGGAGAGUUACAGAUGGACCCCAUUAUAAAUGGAUUUCGAAAGCCCACUUUCAUAUCAAAGAAAGACACCCUCGACUUCUUUCGGCACAAACUUCCUGUACCACCCCAAAAUCCCAUGUUCCUCCUGGGAGGGCACAGUCAGUGCUCCAAGAAGAUAGAGACUCUUCAGCAAGCUGCGGAUGAGUGGAAUAUUUGGGCCACGAACAAUGCAUUUCCUAUGCUCGAUCUCCCACAGAGAACUGUUAAGUCGAAUAUCUCGGUCAGAAUCGAGAAGAUGACUUCAGCAAUCAGAAGUUUGCUCCGGAGAGAUCGAGAGAUUUCCGGAGAAAUGAUGAAGAAGGAUGCUGAGAUAGAGAAAUUCCGUGCGGAGGGUGUCAAACGAGAAACAGCGGAGAGAAAAGAGAUGGACGAGCUUCAAACCGAAAUGCGAGUCAAGGAUGUGCGAAUCCAAGCAUUGGAAAAGGCAGUACGAGUUCAUGCCCAACAGGACACAGGAUCAGGACAAGGGAGAGUUGCAGAGGAAACUAAAAGCCGAGCAAAGACUUCUUCGAGAACGAGAAGAUCAAUUGAACAUUCGAGAGGAACAAUUCAAGGCGGUGCAACGAACGAAAGAAUAACAAUGGAGCGCAAAAAGACUCCAAGUUGGCUGACACACAGCUCGCAACAAAGCUCCGAACUUCUCAAGCACAGGUCAUGGAUCUUGAGAAAGAGCUAG